CGAAGCUGCGAGAGAGUGUCGGUGGCUCAUAGGCACAAAGCAAGAGAGGCAGAGAUCUGCACAUCAUAGGCUCAAAGAGCGCAAACCUCAGCCAAAGCACGGCAGCUACAGAGGACCAUGGCAUUUGCAGGGAUACUGAGCGACGAGGACAUCAAGGCUGCGGUCCAGGCUUGUCAAACUCCAGGCACAUUCGACUUCAAGUCCUUCUUUGCACAAGUGGGACUGGCCGGCUCAUCUGAGGCAGAUGGGAAAAAGGUGUUCACAGUUCUGGACCAAGACAGGAGUGGAUACAUUGAGGAGGAGGAGCUCAAGCUGUUCCUUCAGAAUUUCUCUCCGGGGGCGAGGGAGCUGACUGUGGCUGAGACCAAGGCUCUGAUGGCUGCAGGAGAUAAGGAUGGUGAUGGCAAGAUUGGGCUGGAAGAGUUCUGUGAUAUCCUGAAAUAAAGAGAAUAUAGACAUAUGGCCACGGCUGUCUUUCCCUACUUUGAACAAUGGAUUUCUUAUGGAAAUCCUGACUUUCCAGGUUGUUCGAUGCAAAGACCAGAAACCUCAGAAAAC